AGGAGCACUUGGCCGUUUGAGGAACGCCUUCGGCCUUCUUCGUCCUAUAAAUUUCUCUCCUCCCAGCCCUCUUCGGAUCAACAUUCAGCCCUGUCUUGAGCCUCCCAUAGAGAUAUCAGAGAGGAAGAAAGCUCGAGAGAGAGAGAAAGCUCGAGAGAGAGAUGGGUAAGGAAGAUGAAGCUCCAUUGCUAGCAAAGAGUGGUGAAGAAGAAGGCGGCAACAAUGGAGUUGUGAUGUCGUCUUCUGACAGUAGUACGUUUUGCCAAGAGUUGAAGAGGUUGAGCUCCAUGGCUGCUCCAAUGGUGGCCGUCACUGUGUCUCAGUAUCUUCUGCAAGUCGUGUCCAUGAUGAUGGUUGGGCACAUUGGGAAGCUCGCCUUCUCCGGUGUCGCAAUCGCCACCUCUUUCGCUGAAGUCACCGGUUUCAGUGUUCUUAUAGGAAUGGCUGGUGCAUUAGAAACUCUAUGUGGGCAGACUUAUGGUGCAGAAAAUUUCAAGAAGCUGGGGAACUAUACAUGCUGUGCAAUAAUAUCAUUGAUGCUUGUCUGUGUCCCUAUAUCUGUGGUGUGGAUAUUCACGGAUAAAAUACUAUUACUAUUUGGUCAAGACCCUGAAAUUUCUCAUGUAGCUCGGAUAUACUGCAUAUACCUCAUCCCAGCACUGUUUGGCUAUGGUGUUCUACAAUCACUGGUUCGCUACUUCCAGACUCAGUGUAUGAUCUAUCCCAUGGUUUUGAGCUCAAUUGCGGUUCUGUGUUUGCAUGUUCCUGUGUGUUGGGGUCUCGUGUAUGGAUUGGGAAUGGGACACGCUGGAGCAGCAUUAGCCAUUGGGAUUUCAUAUUGGUUGAAUGUCAUUGGGCUUGGACUUUAUAUGAAGUAUUCCAAAGCAUGUGAGAAAACACAGCUUGUGUUCUCUAGUACUGCUUUGCUAAACAUUUCAGAGUUCUUCGAAUUUGCUAUUCCUUCUGGACUUAUGGUUUGCUUUGAAUGGUGGUCCUUUGAGUUGCUUACCCUACUUGCUGGGCUUCUGCCUAACCCACAACUUGAAACCUCAAUUCUAUCUGUCUGCCUGAGCAUUACAACAUUGCACUACUUCGUUCCUUACGGUGUUGGUGCAGCUGUAAGUACUCGUGUUUCAAAUGAACUUGGAGCAGAUAAUCCCCACACAGCACGAAACGCUGUUCGUGUAGUAUUGGUGAUUGGGAUUGCAGAAGCCGCUGUCAUUAGCACAGCUUUCUUCUUCUGCCGUCGCAUAUUGGGAUAUGCAUUUAGCAAUGACUUAGAAGUGGUUGAUCAUGUUGCACAAUUGGUUCCUUUCCUUUGUCUAUCUGUGAGUUCAGACAGCCUUGCAGGAAUACUAUGUGGGAUUGCAAGAGGUGGUGGAUUUCAGCGAGUUGGAGCAUAUGUGAACCUUGGUGCUUACUAUCUGAUUGGAACUCCUAUUUCGGUCUUACUCGGAUUUGUACUGCAUUGGAGAGCCAAGGGACUAUGGCUUGGAAUUCUAGCGGGGUCCACGGUUCAAGCUGUUGUGCUCACUGUUGUCACAGCAUUUACAGAUUGGGAGAAAGAGGCAACAAAAGCAAGGCAAAGACUACAAAAGGAGUCCUCAGAUAAACCCAACAGCGCAUUUGUAUGAAGUGAAAGAGAAAAGCCAGAAGAAGGUAAUGAAGUAAAACUAGAGAAUGGGAGAAAUGAAUGAACUAAUAACAUCAAGUUGUUCAUCUAUGACUAUGAAACUGUAAUCUUUUUGUUUUUUUGGUUUGUUUGUUUUUGGGGUAGUGAAGAAUUGUUGUUAUCCGGCCAUGGAAAUAGAAGAGAGAUGAGGUAGGUGGAGACUGUAGAGUUUCUGUCGUUUUGUGUUGUUGUUGUGUGUGUAUGAGAGAGAGAGAGAGAGAGAGAGAGACAGCCUUUUUGUGUGUGCGGUGAAUGGAGUAUGUGAUGUGGGACCCAGUCUUUGUGGAGCCUUUUGCUGGCGAAAAUUAGGUACUGUUUGUUUGUUGUACAAAUAGAUGUGAGAUAUCUCAUUAUCUCUGAUUUUUGGACGGAACUUGUGGCUAUGUUGGACAUGUCAGUAACUCUUAUCUAAAAAGUAUAUUACCAUAUGCUCUUUUACUUUCA